GAAGCAGACUGUCUCAGCAGUGACUGGAGAAGGACGUGCAGCAGCACCUGGCCUGCAGGGUGCUCUGAGGAACAGCCAUGUCCACGCUGUACCCAUCACUGGAGGACCUAAAGGUGGACCGAGCCAUUCAGGCCCAGGCCCGAGCUGCACCCAGGAUGCCUGCCCUGCCAGUCCCGACGGCAGCCAUUGCCCCGCCGGCAGUUUUGUACCCAAACCUGGCGGAACUGGAAAGUUAUAUGGGUCUUUCGCUCUCCAGCCAAGAAGUCCAGCAGAGCCUGUCUCAGAUUCCAGCAGCUGGCAGUACGGCGGUGUCUGGCCCUUGUCCGGGUCAGGUGGUGGCACCGGUGUCCGGGAACAGCCUGGGCGUGCGGCGUGCGGAGAUCAAGCCCGGGGUGCGCGAGAUCCACCUGUGCAAGGACGAGCGUGGCAAGACUGGGCUGCGACUGCGGGCCAUCGACAAGGGACUCUUUGUGCAGCUGGUCCAGGCCAACACCCCUGCAUCCCUCGUGGGGCUGCGCUUUGGGGACCAGAUCCUGCAGAUUGAUGGGCGUGACUGUGCCGGGUGGAGCACGGACAAAGCCCAUCGGGCCGUGAAAAGGGCAUCGGCUGAGAAGAUUGUCAUGGUUGUUCGGGACAGGCCAUUCCAGCGGACUGUCACCAUGCACAAGGACAGCUCGGGCCACGUUGGCUUUACCAUCAAGAAGGGGAAGGUUGUCUCUGUGGUCAAAGGCAGUUCUGCAGCCCGCAACGGGCUCCUCACCAACCACUACGUGUGCGAGGUGAACGGGCAGAACGUCAUCGGGCUGAAGGAUAAAGAGAUCACGGAGAUUCUGGCCACAGCCGGGAAUGUCAUCACCCUGACCGUUAUCCCCGCUGUGAUCUACGAGCACAUGGUCAAAAGGUUGUCCCCGACCCUGCUCCACCACACCAUGGACCACUCCAUCCCAGAUGUCUGAAGCCACAGGAGGACAGCACGGGCCCGCCCACCCUCCCGCAGGAAAGGGCUGCCGGCCUGCUGCCUGGGGUCGGGCUGUCUCCAGGGGGCGUAUUCCAGGUGGGUGGACAUCGGAUGGCGAGGUCUGUCAUUUAUACACACAGGUCUCCUGGGAGCCUCAGUUCCCUAGCCGGGCUGAGGCUCAGGCAGGGCCCACAGGCAGCCGAUUCUUUGUGCUGGUUUAAAUGCUGGGCACGUAGGCAGGCCGGCUAAACACUUCUUAAA